AUGAAGAACAAGACUGCCAUAAUGGAAUUUAUCCUUGUUGGGCUAUCUACAACCGCAGAAAUACAGGUACUUCUCUUCUGGAUAUUCAUGAUCAUUUAUUCUACAGCCCUAACUGCCAACUUCUUCCUCAUCCUUACCAUAUGCACUUUCAGGAAACUCCACACCCCCAUGUAUUUCCUCAUUGUCAAUUUGUCCUUAGUGAAUGUAUUCUCUAUUUCAGUUACCACACCUAAAUUGCUCCAGAUUACCACACCUAGGUUGCUACACAAUCUUUGGACUGGAAAAAAGACCAUCUCAUUUUAUGGUUGCAUUGCACAAGUCUAUCUGUUUAUAUGGGCUUUGGGCACAGAACUUCUGCUUCUCUCCUUUAUGGCUUUUGAUCGCUAUGCUGCUAUCUGUCACCCUUUGCAGUACACUAUUAUUAUGAGGAAGGAAGUGUGUUUUGGCAUAGCAAGUAUUAUAUGGAUUAUUGGAAUGAUCAAUUCUGGGAUCCAUGCUGGACUUAUGUUAAAGCUGUUUUUUUGUAACUCCAAUGUUAUCAAUCACUUCUUCUGCGAUAUACCCCCUUUACUGCAACUUUCUUGUUCAGAUACAAGUCCAAAUGAAACGAUGACAUUCAUUUCAGAUGUGGUAUUUGGGAUUUGUAGCUGUGGGCUAACAUUCACAUCAUAUUAUUUUAUAUUAAGAGCUAUUUUCAAAAUCCGUUCCACUGAAGGGAAGAAGAAAGCAUUCUCCACAUGUUCUUCACACUUCAUUGUAGUCAGCAUUUUUUUUUCCUCAGUCAUCUACACAUAUAUCAGGCCCUCUUCAGUCUACUCUUUAGACCAGGACAAGCUAAUUUCUCUUCUUUAUUCAGUGGUAACUCCAGUUGUUAAUCCAGUGAUAUAUUCAUUGAGAAACAAAGAUUUUAUAGAAGGACUGAGCGCACUCACAGGGAGAAUUAGACUGCUGAGUUGA